AGCUGCUCCCGCCCCGUGCUGGCUCCCUCUCACACGCAGCCUGUCCGGUAGGAUGGGACCAGUAGCCAGAUAUCCGUGCAUGCCUGACCGCUAAGUCUACUUCCUGGAUGGAAGAAUGGGACGUCUCCAGCACCACUUUUCUUCGCAUUGUGCAUCGCCCUUCGUCACGCUGACGCCGCGGAUAAUCACUUCAUAAUGACCACGUGUAAUCAAUAAUAGCCGACCACUUUUUUCUCUCUCUCUCUCUCUCUCUGUUAGUUAAAGACAGCGAUUGAUCGCCGAUUGACCCCUCCACACUUCGGGAAUGUCGCUAUCUGGAAGCCCGCUACAGGCACGGUGGAGUCCCGCAGAUUUUCAACAGUUUUUGCACAGCUGUGGCGUGCGUAACGUUUUAUUCCUCGAAGCUAAAAACAGCUCCUGCUCGGACUGGAGGCGAAUAAAUGUGUCUUUUUAAACAGCAUUGACUCUGUCGCCCUAAACCGCUAACCGCCAGUACUUUGAUGCUCUGCCUUCGUGGUUGCUGUGCCAACUUCGCUUUCAGCUUCGGUCGUGUGUAUGUGAUUUUUUUUUUUGUUUGUUUUUAAAAGAAGAGAGAAAAGACUCAAAAACUUUGUCACCCGUUGCCUUCUUGUUACUCUCGAUGAGUAGUCUAACAUGCGGAGAAUACGGGAACCGAGUUACUGGUGGAUUUUAUCCUUAAUGUUUUUAACCUUGCCCAAACACAAAGACUGUCACCCUGUUGCAUCGGGUGGACAACCUCACCAUGCUGGAGACGGGCACCAUGGGAGCAAAGGCGUAAUGAGGGAGAGGAGGGCAGCUGGUGACCCCUAUUGGUCCUAUUCAGGAAGCCAUGGACCUCGAGGCUGGGCAACCUCAUACCCAGAAUGUGCUGCGAAGAACCAAUCACCUGUGGACAUUGCAGAUGAACAAGCUUUGGUUUCGGAGGAGUACCAGGAGCUGGUGCUUGAGAAGUUCAACACUGAGUCCUCCAACCAGACCACAAUGAAAAACACAGGAAAGACAGUUGCUGUUCUCCUGAAGGAUGACUACUUUGUAAGUGGUGCUGGGCUGCCGGGGCGUUUUAAGGCUGAGAAGAUGGAGUUUCACUGGGGCCAGAGUAAUGCAUCAGCAGGCUCAGAACACAGCAUAAAUGGCAGAAGGUUCCCCGUAGAGAUGCAGAUCUACCUUUACAAUUCAGAUGACUUUGACAGCCUCAAUGCUGCGAUGAAGGAAAGACGCAUCAUUGCUGCCAUGGCCGUCUUCUUUGAGCUGGGCCAAAAAGACAAUCCUGCUGUGGACGCCAUCAUCCAGGGAUUGAAAGGCGUAGUGCAUCAUGAAAAGGAGACCAACCUCAGGUCAUUCAUCCUGAGGGAUCUGCUGCCAUCGUCAGUGGACAGUUAUUACCGAUACACCGGCUCUCUGACCACGCCACCCUGCAGUAAGGUCGUGGAGUGGAUCAUCUUCUCCAGACCUGUGUAUCUGUCCCACUCACAGCUGGAGGCCUUUUACUCCAUCUUUACAACAGAGCAACAGGACCAUGUCAAGUCCGUUGACUACCUGAGGAACAACUUCCGGCCCCUGCAGGACCUAGAAAAUAGAAAAGUCUUUAAGUCUGCUAUAAAAGACGCAUGGCAGAAAGAUUUAACUGAACCUGUGGGAAGCCCUCAUAGCACUGAGGCUUCAAGAGUGUGCAGCAGUGCCCCAGUGAGCAUGAAAAUCCAGCCGCUGAACCAGACGGCAUUGAUGGUGAGCUGGGAACGCCCCCUGACCGUCUACCACCCACCCAUCACCAGUUACAUGGUCUCCUACAGUUGGGUGAAACGUGAUGUUGCUGAUGAAAAGACUUUCACCAAGACUGGGGACCAGAGCAUGAAAGCAGUCAUCACUAAUGUGUCGCCUGACGCCCUGUACCUGUUCAGAGUGCAAGCCGUGUGUCAGCAUGACCUGCGCAGUGAUUUCAGUCAAACGCUGCUGUUCAGAGCAAAUACAACAAGAAUAUUUGAAGGGUCUCGCAUUGUGAAGACGGGGAUGCCCACAAUUUCUCCAGCGUCUUCAGCGGACAUGGCUCCCAUCAGCUCUGGUUCCUCCACUUGGACAUCCUCUGGUAUCCACUUCUCCAUUGUCUCCAUGGCAACGGGCAUGGGCCCCUCCUCCAGUGGCAGCCAGGCCACAGUGGCGUCAGUAGUGACGAGCACCUUGCUGGCAGGCUUGGGCGUAGGCGGAGGGGUCAUCUCUUCUUUGCCAAGUUCUGUUUGGCCCACACAGGGGCCCCAAGCCACGCAGAACCCCACCCGUCCAUCCGCUUCGCCUGCAAAGUCCAGCACUGAGCAGGCAGCGCCCCAGGGUGCCGACGCAGACACCCAGUCUGAGGAGAAACAGGCUGAGAGUGAGGGCGAGGAGGAGGAAAAGGAGGGGGAGAGAGAAGGAGAGCAGGAAGAGGGACAGGAUGAGAAGAAGACAAAGAACAAGACUGCACCUGAUAAUGAGGAAAAGCAAGGGAAUAGCACUGUGGCCAAAGAGCCUUUUAUCCCCACCCCCGCAUCCACAGCCAAAGAGAAAGGAGAAGAGAAGCCUACAGUCAAAGGCACCACAGUACCUGCAAGCACUGGCGAUGACCAGUUGGUCAAGGUAGAGAAGAAGCCCACAGAUGUAAACGCAGUCUCCACCCAGGAGCCUCGUAAUGAGACACAGAUUCCAGAAAGCUCCACACUGUCUCCAAAGAUCAGUAGUCUCUGGCCUUUCUCGGUCCACACUGACAGGACUGUCUUGUCCAACGUGACCCGAUCCCCUCACCCAGGGAUGGGGAGAAUGGUGUGGAUCGUUCCCUUGGUGGUGGUGUCGGCUCUCACCCUGCUCUGCCUCAUAAUGCUGCUGAUUGUGAUGGUCUACUGGAGAAUGACAAGCAUCUGCUCCCUCCUCUGCAUCAAAUACAGGAGAUUUUUCCAGACAGCUCACUUCUAUGUGGAGGAGAGCAGCUCUCCACGAGUGGUGGCCAAUGAGAAUAUACCAGUCAUCCCUAUACCAGAUGACAUGGAGGCCAUCCCCGUUAAGCACUUUAUUAAACACAUCAUGGAGCUCUACAAGAACAACCUGCAAGGUUUCUCUGAGGAAUUUGAGGAGGUCCAACGCUCCACAGCAGACCUGAAAAUCACAGCAGAACAUUCCAAUCAUCCUGACAACAAGCACAAAAACAGAUACAUCAACAUUGUGGCCUAUGACCACAGCAGGGUGAAAUUACGAGCUCUGGCGGGGAAAGAUGCCAAACAUUCGGAUUACAUCAAUGCUAACUAUGUGGAUGGCUACAACCGGCCCAGAGCUUAUAUAGCUGCUCAGGGUCCUCUCAAGUCUACAUUUGAGGACUUUUGGAGGAUGGUUUGGGAGCAGAAUACCGGAAUCAUCAUCAUGAUUACCAACCUGGUGGAGAAAGGCAGACGGAAAUGUGACCAGUACUGGCCGACAGAGAACAGCGAGCAGUAUGGAAACAUUGUGGUGACACUGAAAAGCACCAAAGUGCACGCCUGCUACACACUGCGGCGUUUCCUUAUAAGGAACACUAAAGUUAAAAAGGGCCAGAAGGGGAACCCAAAAGGGAAGCUAAAUGAGCGCAUUGUGGUCCAGUAUCACUACACUCAGUGGCCUGACAUGGGAGUACCAGAGUACACCCUCCCUGUCCUCACCUUCAUCAACCGCUCAUCAGCAGCUCGCACUGCAGACAUGGGCCCCGUCCUGGUGCACUGCAGUGCAGGGGUUGGGCGCACAGGAACAUACAUUGUCAUUGACAGCAUGCUACAGCAGAUCAAGGACAAAAGCACAGUCAGCGUCCUGGAUUUUCUCAAACAUAUCCGCACACAACGCAACUACCUAGUUCAGACUGAGGAGCAGUAUGUUUUCAUCCACGAUGCUCUGAUGGAGGACAUCCUGAGCACAGAGACAGAGGUGCCUGCCUGGCAGCUGCACAGUUAUGUCAACAGCAUCCUCACACCCAACUCGACAGGCCGCACACAGCUGGAGAAGCAGUUCAGGCUUCUGACUCAGUGCAACUCACGCUUUGUGGAGUGCUUCAGUGCCCACAAAGACAGCAACAAGGAGAAGAACCGCAAUUCCUCAGUGGUUCCCUCGGAGCGAGCAAGGGUCGGACUCACCACUCUGCCUGGAAUGAAAGGAACAGAUUACAUUAAUGCAUCCUACAUAAUGGGCUACUUCAGGAGUAAUGAAUUCAUCAUUACCCAGCAUCCUUUACCCCACACCACUACAGAUUUCUGGAGGAUGAUUUGGGACCAUAAUGCUCAAAUUAUCGUCAUGUUGCCUGACAACCAGGGCCUGGCUGAGGAUGAAUUUGUUUACUGGCCGAGUAGAGAAGAGGCCAUGAACUGCAUUGCCUUCACUGUCACACUCAUCAGUAAGGACAGACUGUGCCUCUCCAAUGAGGAGCAGAUCAUAAUCCACGACUUCAUCCUUGAGGCCACACAGGAUGACUACGUUCUGGAGGUGAGACAUUUUCAGUGCCCUAAAUGGCCCAACCCCGAUGCCCCUCUCAGCAGCACCUUCGAGCUCAUCAGUGUCAUCAAGGAGGAGGCCAUGACUCGAGAUGGCCCCACCAUCGUGCACGAUGAGUAUGGAGCAGUGUCAGCAGGCAUGUUCUGUGCUCUCACCACACUGUCCCAGCAGCUGGAGAACGAAGGCGUCGUCGACAUCUACCAGGUGGCUAAGAUGAUCAAUCUCAUGAGGCCGGGAGUCUUCACUGAUAUAGAGGAGUACCAGUACCUUUACAAAGCCAUGCUCAGCCUGGUCAGUAACAGCGAGUGCGGCCUGAGCCCCAUGCACAUGGACACUAACGGGGUGGUGGUGAUUGCAGACGAGUCGGACCCCGCUGAGAGCAUGGAGUCGCUCGUCUGAGGACAUUCCUACAGGCACUUAAUUUGUAAAAAAAAAAAACUCGAAAAACUUUUCUGAGGCCUUUUUGCCAGACUAUUGAUUAAAUGAAUAACCUUAUUACUUUUUAUACUGAUAAAAGUUUUUUGAUAUUUAUGUUUUUGUCCUUUAUUUCUUGUCUUAAAUGUUAUCCUGCUGAGCGUUUGCACCUGUUUAAGUUGACGUGAGGAAAAAGCAGCUCUGUCCAGUUUGCACUAUACUAUCAGUGUUACUGCCUAAAUCCAGUGAGUGAAACAGUUUCACAGUGAAAUCCUGACAUCACCACACAACUGGGGAUCUUUGGACCGCAUUGAGACACAACCUGAAGCAUGAAGACCAGGAUGAGUUAUGGCGAUCCACCUCCAAUAAUGUCUCAAAAACAAAACAUCACAUCACAACGUAGCCCAGCAUGCAUUAUGUCACUUUGUCAUCUCGAUCAAACUAACUGUUUUUAGGCCCCGCUCCACAUGGGUGAAGCUCUUUAUCACACGUUAAGAGACUAUUACCUGCCUAAUAUUCAUAUAUUGUUCAAAUAUCUCACUGCUGUCUUGUAUAAUGUACUUAUGGCUUAUUUUUAAGUGUGAUUCAACAUCUAAUGUGAACAUUUAUUGCUUUUUACAGGGAUUUAUAUUGUUAUAUUGUUUUGUAACAUAUAUAUAUAUAUAUAUAUAUAUUAUAUCCUUAAUAGCCAGCCAAUGCUUUCCUUUUUUUUUUUGUAAUUUUGCCUACUUGUCCACUUGCCUUGAUGUAGAUCCAUAUUUGUUUUGAGAUUCUGCAGCUUGCCAUGAAUUAUCUACAAAGCUUCUUUUUUUUUUUUCCAUCCUUUUUUCCAGCUUUUUUAACCUCAACUGUCAAAGCUCAACUGUUAACAAAUGUAAUGGGUAUCUGAAUGUACAAUGUCUACAAAAAAUAUUCACCCCACACAAAUGUCCAUGUUUAUUGUUUUACAGCAUUAAAUCACAGUGGAUGUAAUUAUGAUUAAUUUCUGACGCCGAUAAACAGAAGAAACUACUUUAAAGGUCCAGUGUGGAACAUUUCUGUAUAAUGUGUGUCGGUGUGUGUGUGUAUAAUCACCUGAAUAUAGUAAUUGCUGUGUUUUCAUUACCGUACGAGUAGCCAUUUUUAUCUACAGACGCCAUUGGUGGCCUUGCAUGUUGACCCGCCAUGUUUCUACAGUGGCCCAGAACGGACAAACCAAACACCCGCUGUAGAUGGGGCCUUUUGUGUUCUUUGCAAGUUUUGCAGCACCGUAGAAGACGAAUACAGACACAAGCAGUGUUCAGUUAUUUGAAAUCUGCAACUUCAACACUUAAUGCCACUAAAUCCUACACACUGGUCCUUUUAAUGUGGUCAAGUGAAAACAUUCUUUUAAAUUAAUUACAAAUAGAAAACCCAACAUUGAUUGCACCAGUAUUCACCCCCGUAAUUUAUCAAAAACACCCCAGCAACAUCUCAAGUCCUGCCACUAACUCUGGACUGGAUUAAGGUCUAGACUCGGCCACGCCAGUCAGAGACACUGAGAAGACAUUCUUGUGGAGCUGUGGCUUUAUUUUUCCCCAGAGGGUUGGACUUUACCACUUUUCCACAAAGCUGCAACUUGUUACGGCAACACCUGGACACCAUGAAACCCUGCAGCUUCUUCAGAACUCUCUGGGCUUGUUUGUUGUGUCACUUGUGCCCCUCUCCAAACACAGGAUGACCUCCUCUAGGCAGAGCUUUCAUUUUUAUAAUCACAUAGGGAAAUCCAGUGCCUUGGAAAUGUUCUUGAUUAGUACUUUUUGGUAAACGUGCCCCAGAUUGAGUGGGGAUAUUGAGAUGGAGUAUUAAUUUGUUUUCAUGAUGCAGUUUUUGCCAGGAAAUUGACUAAAUAGCUGUUGGAUGCAGUUAUAUUUAACCUAAAAUAACACCUUGAUUACACACAGAUGAUGUCCAUAGUAAAGAAAAGAAUACUUGUGCAAUCGUGUGUUUAUGUUAGCGCCAGACUUUUUCCAGCUCAUUUUCCUUUGACAAUAAGGAGUUUUUUUCUUUAAAAAAAAUCCUAUUUACAUCCACUGUGAUUUAAAAUUGUAAAUAAAUAAAACAUGAUAAAAUCCAAAGGAGGUGAAUACUUUCUAUAGGCAAUGUAGUCUCUUUUUUUGGGCGAGGUUGAUGCUUUAUUUGUAACCAAAGAUGUGGUUCCAGUUUGCAACAUGUAAGUGGUUUUAUCCUGACAUCUAUUUAAUCAACUAGAAUUUAAAAUCAAAAUUGUUCAAUCUUGCAGUGUAGAUUACCAGUGUCAGAGGUGUAAAUUAAACCAGAGUAAAGCAUGUUUCUGUCCUAGCCUCAGGAUUACAGAAGAUAAUCAUGAAGCUGUCCUCACAUUAGACAGUAAGAUUUAAAAUUCAGACUGUAAAAUGUGUUUUAUUUGGGCUGAUAUUCUGUCUCCGCACUAUUUUGUGGCUCUUAAUUAUAAGCCCUUUUCAACCCUGAACAUCCCUAUCUCUUGAUUGAUUCAUGUGUAUCUUCAUACUCUGAUGAAAACUUUUUUUUCCCCCUCACCCACUUCUCUGACUAAAGGGGAGUUUGCUAAAUUCAGUGAAAACUCUCCAACAUUUGGAGAAAAGUCCAGAUUGCUGAUCACUUAGCUGUGCAACAAAACCUUUCUUUGCAGCAACUGUUUUUGUAUUUUGAGUGAACGCCAACGUCUUUUCUGUUUGAUAUUUCUACUCUCAUUGGAAACAUGGUUGCUGUGGCUAAACACAUUCACUUCAAAGCAAAUGUCUUUGACUUUAAUGUAAUAUUUGUGAUCAUAGAGGUUUAUAUUUUCAUACAAAGACUUGGUUUGUAAAGUGGCCCUGUAACAGAUUGUACUUUAGUGGGAAAUGUAUUAUCCAAAUCUCCACAGCAAAUCCCCACCUGCCCCUCUGAGGACCAUGCCAAUAUUUAAACCAGAUUUUCCUGACAUUUGCUCAAUGGUCCAGGGAUCCAGUAUGUUAGCCUCAGUCCAUUUCAGCCACGUUGGUAGUUAAGUCUAUUUUGUAACUUAAAUAAGUAAUAAAAUGGUUUUGUCCAUCAUAUCACAUGUUUAUAUGAUAAUAUCAUAGCCCUGUAUUUCUAUGAUGCUGUCAUAUACAAUAUUAUAGUGUAAUAGUGUUAUUUAAUAGGUUAACUGUAUUGCUAUACAUUAAAUAAAGUUUGGGUUUGGGUGCACAGCAUCCUUGUGUUAAAUCAAAA